AUGUGCAACAAGGCUACUUCACGUUGGUGCGUCCUCAGAACCUACGUGCGCGACUCCCCAGGCGAUCGGACGCAACCUACUGUGCCGGAGCAGGGGCCGUCGCACGCCGACAAAGCGACCAGCGGCAGCGGCGCAGAUGCGUCGGGGGACAAAACCGCUGCCAGCAGCAGCAGCAGCAGCAGCAGCAGCAGCAGCAGCGAGACGGACGGACGCGUGCGCACGGCGCGCCCCGGCCCUCUCCUCAGCGCCUCCUUCCACGGCAACCUGCCCAGGCAGUUCUGGGCCCAGGACUACCAGCAGCAGCACCAGCAGCGGCAGCAGCAGCAGCAGAUGUUGCCAGUGACGUGGGAAGACCUGGUGUUGACCAGCCCGGCGGUGCAGGCGCUGCUGUCCCAAAAGUCGUGGCACAGCGCAGGCGGCCGCCAACAUGAAUCCCCCCACCGCGCCGCGCCGGCGCGACCCCGCCGGACACCGCGCCGCCUCAGCAGCCCGCCGCCCGCUGCGGGGCGGGCGCACUUCCCAGGGCACCGCCUGCGGCUGCGAGGGCGGCCGGCGGAGACUUCGCCUGCAUGUCCGCGUGCCAAGCCCUGGGGUGCUGGGCCCUCAUUGCGUGCUGCGGCCUUAACUGAGCCGUGCAGCAGCUGCGGCAGGCGCAGCUGCUCUGCAGGUACGCGCGGCGGCUCGGCGGCCCGCAGCGGCAGCUGUUCGGCGGCGGUGGCGGUGGCAGCUCCAGACUUCCUGCCUCUGUUUCCGCAGCAGGCGGCGCCCUGCUCCAAACAGGGGGCAGCCGCUGAGCGCUCUGGUGGCGGUGGCGGCGCUCAGUGCAGCUCCGGCUGCGGGCACGGUGGCGGUGUCGCGCCUGAGCAGGACCACCGAAUUGACGACCCUGAGAGGCGGAAUCAGCAGCAGCAUCUGCCGCAGGGCCAAGGGGACCGCUGCGGCAGCGGCAGCGCGUUCGAUCGCGGCGCCUUCGGCGCGGCGGCAUGGUGCGACCUGCCCGCCGGGCAGCUGCCCUACCCGCUGCAGCUCGCCGCAGCCGCGCGUGCCGCGGCCGCGGCCGCGGCCGCGGCCGCGGCCCAAAACGACGCCCGUUCAGGCGGCCUCAGCAGCGGGGACGACGAGCUGGAGGAGGACGAGGACUGGGUAUAUGAUGGGGAUGAGGGCGAGGAGCGGUAUGGCAGCUGCAGCGACGAGGAUGAGGGCGAUGCGUACGAGGAGGAUUGGGAGUCGUCCGAUGAGGGCGGAGAGGGCGACGAGGACGAGGAGGGGCGGCGGCGGGGCGGCGGCGUGUACAUGACGGACCGGGGCGUUAUAUAUGGCUUCUGGAGCCGCAUGCCGCUCGGCUGA